UACAAUUUCAAAAUGACCUCCAUGGAGAAUAGCACAGAGGUGAAUGAAUUUAGACUCUUGGGACUGACCGACACCCCAGAGUUACAGGUCCCCCUCUUCAUAAUAUUCACUCUUAUAUAUCUUGUCACUCUCGUGGGAAAUCUUGGGAUUAUCAUGUUAAUUCUGUUGGACUCUUGCCUCCACACUCCCAUGUAUUUUUUCCUCAGUAACCUAUCUCUGGUAGACUGUGCUUACUCCUCGGCUGUUACUCCCAAGGUGAUGGCUGGGUUCCUCACAGGGGAUAAAGUCAUCUCCUACGGGGGAUGUGUUGCUCAGAUGUUUUUCUUUGUGGCUUUUGCCAGUGCAGACUGUUUCCUACUAGCUGUCAUGGCUUAUGAUCGCCAUGCAGCGGUGUGUAAACCCCUACAUUACACCAGCACUGUGACCACCAGAGUGUGUGCUCAAAUGUCCCUAGGCUGCCAUGUCUGGGGCUUGGUUGAAUCCGCCAUCCACACUGGAUUUACCUUCUGUCUCUCCUUCUGCCAUUCCAAUGUGGUCCAUCACUUUUUCUGUGAUAUCCCUGCAAUCCUGGCUCUUUCAUGCUCUGACAUCUACACAAAUGAGAUUGUGCUCUUCAUCUUAGCAGCUUUCAAUGUCUUGUUUGCCCUAACAGUUAUUUUGACCUCCUAUCUAUUCAUAUUCAUUGCCAUCCUGAGGAUGCGCUCAGCAGAGGGACGAAAGAAAGCCUUCUCUACCUGUGCUUCUCACCUCACUUCUGUAACCAUAUUCUAUGGAACUGUAAUCUUCAUGUACUUACAACCCAGCUCUAGUCACUCUAUGGACGAUGAUCAAUUGGCAUCUGUGUUCUAUACAAUAAUAGUCCCCAUGUUGAACCCUAUUGUCUAUAGUCUACGGAAUAAAGAGGUUAAUAAUGCUUUCAGAAAAGUCAUUAAGAAGAUGAAGGUCCUGCUCAGCACAUAG